UACAUUGGUCAUGAAUUUCAUCAUUUCAGUCUCAGUAUCUGAUUAACACGCAUCACAAAAACGCGGUGGUUUUGAUUAUUUUCGCAUAUAUUUUUCUUAAUUUUCCCUGUAAUUUUCUUGUCCACCAGAUUGGUCUUGGAAGAAUCUGAAAUGGGAAACACAGCUAGCUAUCGUCGCAGUCAACACCAAAACCACCCACGUCCGCCGCAUCCGCCUCCGCCUCCGCAACCAGAAAUCACCGGUAAUCAGUUUGUUUUCGCUGCAGCAUCACCGUACCCUUCUCAAUACCCGCAACCGCAAUAUCUGAGCCCUAAUUUUCCUCCUCGGUAUCAUCAGUAUCCUUCUGGGUACUACGCGCCUCCGUAUGGUUACCAUCGACCGCCUGGUGGACACUAUCCUUUUGGUAAUAUGCCUCCGCCACCACCCUAUGUCGAGAAUCAAAAGGCGGUUACGAUUAGAAACGACGUAAAUAUCAAGAAAGAGACUCUCACGCUCGAGCCUGAUGAGGAUCAUCCUGGCAAGUUCCUCCUUGCCUUCACAUUCGACGCCACUGCGCCCGGAAGUAUUACUGUCGUGUUUUUUGUGAAAGAAGGUGAAGAGUGUAACCUGACAGCAUUGAGGGAAGAUAUACUUAAACCGGUCACUACAUCAUUCCAACAAGGUCUUGGGCAGAAGUUUAGACAACCUUCUGGAUCAGGAAUCGAUUUCUCAAUGUUUGAUGAAACAGAGUUAAAGAAUGAGAGUGGUGCAGAGGUCUAUCCCGUUGCAGUGAAGGCUGAGUCAUGCCCGUUGAGCCAGAGUGGAUCGGAAGGAAAUCCAGCUAACCCAACUGGGAAUUCCCAGAUUACUUUGGCUGUGUUUGAAAAGAAGGAGAGCGGUGAGUACCAGGUGCGAGUUAGGAAGCAGAUUUUAUGGGUAAACAAGAUGAGGUAUGAGCUGCAGGAGAUCUACGGUAUUGGGAAUGCACUGGAUGAUGACUCAGGUGAGAAUGAUAAUGGAAAAGAAUGCAUUGUCUGCUUGACAGAACCACGAGACACAGCUGUUCUCCCCUGUCGCCACAUGUGCAUGUGUAGUGGAUGUGCCAAAGUUUUGCGAUUUCAGACAGACAAAUGCCCUAUUUGCAGACAACCAGUUGAGCACAUGUUGGAGAUUAAGGUGAACAGUGGGGCUAGUGAAUGAGGACUUUCUGCUGCCUUCUUUGUUGUAUAGUAUUCGGUGUUAACUUUUGUUAAAAAUAAGUUAUCGAAGUUUCGUUAUGUGUCUAUAUACAAAUAGAACUGUGGACUGAGCCAUGUAUUUCUCUUUUCAAUUUUUUGUCGCGACAGUAUAAUUGUUGAUUAAACCAUGAAGUUCUUUUUGUA